CGCCGGACUUCACCAGGGAAACAGGAGACGGCUUUCACCAACAGCUUGGAGCUCUCGUGCGCAUAAGCCCCAUCGCCGAUCGCAUCUCCGCCAUCAUCCCACCCCCACGCCCACAACCGCAACUGCACCCACAUCUCCAAAAUGACACCUCCUAUUCCCGCCGCCAACCCUCCCACCAUCUCCCCCGCGACCACGCCAAGCCCCACACCCGAACCCGCAGCCAUAGAUCCGAACUUCACCAUCAACAACCUCACCUACGACGAAUACCGCCUCUGCCCCAUCGAAACACAGCACGACCUCAUCCGCCUGCUCCGCAAUGACGUAUCCCCAGAAGCCCAACACGUGGACAACUGGCUGCUGGAGAAAGCGGCGAGCGUGCUGCAGGUCGGGAUCUUCCCGCAGAUGCGGAUGAUGCAUGUGCCGCCGAAGGCGGUGAAGAGGAUGCUGGACCAGGAGUAUGCGAGAGCGUAUUGGGAAUUCGAGGGCGUUGGUGGGGAGAUGGUGGAUAGGGGGGUUGAUGCGGAUGAAGUGCCCGGGGAUACGAUGGGGAUUGGGAGGCUGAAAAGGGAAGUGGAGAAGGAGGUGGAGGAGCCACCGCGGAAGAAGCUUAAGAUUGAGAGCACGGAUGAUUAUGAGGAGAUAUGUAAGCUGGUGCAUAAGAAGACGAAAGUAGUCCGGUUGAAGUUUGCUGACUGCGGGCGCGCUGGUCUGCCGAGUGAUUGGUAUGAGAGGAGUCGGAGGCAGGAGGGGGGGGAAGACGAAGGUCGUUAGGCUGAAAUACAAGGUGCCUGGAAAGGGGAGUGAGGCGUGGGAGAGGCUUGCUGCGUGGAAGGGGAGUGGUGUAUUUUAAGUGGCCGAUAGUAAGCUGGGUAUGAUACCCACAGGCGAGGGUGCGCUCUUCGCUUCGAUAAUGUCGGUAUAUCUUUGGUGCUGGUAG